CUAUGCAGAAAUACAGAGUAACUGAUAUCUUCUUCAACCUAAUUUCAGUUUUCUGGCGGAAAAACUUUCAUACAAUCAGCAAGUUUGCUUGGGAAACGUGAAUAUUAGAUUGAAAUCUCGUUUCCCAUUCGUUUCCGGGAUGAAUUCAGUUUCAAACACGUCUCUAUUUUUCUGAAACGGUUUCGCCGCGUUCCGAAACGCGUUUCCCGGUUUCCCCGUUCCAGGACGUUUCGGAAACGGUGUUCAGAAAUUGGAGAAGAAGAAGUCAGAUAAAGAGAAAACGGCUGGAAUUUCCUUUGAAAGGCGGUAUAUUGGUGUGAAAUCAUUGUUGCUGGUGCUUCUUAUACCUGAUUCAAGAAAAACCCAUUUUCUCAAGCAUUGCUUCUCUACAAAUCAUGAUCAGAAAUCCGAUAAUUGCAGGCAUGAAUUACACAAAGAAGAAAAGUGCUGUACUUUACCACUACCCAUGCCCUGAUGGCACCUUUGCUGCCCUAGCAGCACACCUUUACUUCUCUGCAACUUCGUCCCCAGUUGUAUUUUUUCCCAACACAGUCUACAGCCCUAUCAAGGCAGACCAAUUGCCCUUGCAAGAAAUCGGCGAUGUUUACCUUUUAGACUUUGUGGGGCCCUCUGGUUUUGUUACUGAUCUGUCAUCCAAGGUUGACAAUGUGAUCAUUCUAGACCACCACAAAACUGCGCUUGAGACUUUAGGUGGUGAAACCUCAUUGUCUGAGAACAUAACAAAGGUGCUAGAUAUGGAGAGGAGUGGGGCAACAAUUGCUUAUGAUUACUUUAAGCAGAAACUUAGUGAAGAGAGUAAAACCAGGUAUGAAUCUGUGCUUGCUGAAUUUGAAAGAAUGAGAAAAAUCUUCGAGUACAUUGAGGAUGCGGAUCUUUGGAAGUGGCGACUUGAGAAAAGCAAAGCCUUCAGCAGUGGGUUAAAAGAUCAGAAAUUAGAAUUUGAUUUUCAGAAAAAUCCCUCAGUAUUUCGACAGUUGCUCUCAUUAGACCUCGAUUCUGUUAUUAAUCAAGGUAUUAUAAGCUUAAAUCAUAAGCAAAAAUUGAUAACCGAGGCUCUUGAGAAAUCUUAUGCAAUUAACCUUGGAGGUGGGGAGUUCGGGUGUUGCCUAGCUGUUAAUGCAGAUGAAGCUCUUUCAGAAUUAAGGAGUGAACUUGGGAACCAGUUGGCUUUUAAGAGCCAAGAACGGAACUUAAGGGGUGUUGGAGCUAUUGUGUACAGAGUCCCCGAGCUUGGGAAUGACCAGAUGUUGAAAAUCAGCCUCCGGAGUGUCAAAAGUGAAGACACAACUCCUAUCUCAGAGAAAUACGGGGGUGGUGGACAUCGAAAUGCUAGUUCAUUUCUGCUGAAGUUGGCAGAUUUUGAAGCUUGGAAGAUUAACAUUUGAUGUUUCUUUAUGCUGUUUUUGGUCAAUCAACAAGGGUUGUACUCUUUAGUUGUUUAGUUGCCAAUGUUUAGUGGAACUCCUUCAUUAAUUUAUUUUAGUAAAACUUAAUCCCCCUUUUUUACUUGUGAUUUAGCAGUAGAUUUUAAAGUCCAUUUUGUAGGAGAAAAUUUGAUUUCGUUCUAGGCCAGGGUGUAUUACAUGUAUAACAAAACUUCACCUUUUUGUCCCGAAGGAAAUACUGUAUCAACUCCGAUUUGAUUUUUUUCGUAAGGCUCUAUUCUAUUCGACUUAUUUUAACUGAA